UCUGAAUUGAUUUCUAUGAUAUAGUUUUCACGUUUUUACAUUAUUUUUAUGUGGCUUCUUUCUUCUACUCCUUUUUCUUCGUCCCUGGUCUCCACCCGGACAAGGGAUCAAAGAAGAGAGACAAGUAUCUGCUGAUCUCAUCUGAAUAUAUUUCUUCUCAUUCUCUCUAGAUUUUCGUCAAUGGCUGACGAGCCUUUUCUCACUCGCUGGUCCUUUCAGGAUUUUAAGAUGUUUUAUGAUGUCAAGUUUGGGAGAAAGAAGGAGCCCGAGAAGCACGAUGCGGCAGAGAGUUCUGGUAAACCUGUGUCAAAUGGGAAUUCUUCAAAUGGGACAGCUAAUGGGGGUGGACAUGUAAAAAACACAUCUGACCUGGCCAUUUAUGAGCAGUAUCGGACUCAGGUAGAACGGGGAUCAGCCAACGGCAAUGGGGUUCUGUCAGAUAGAUAUGAUGAGAAACCGCAGAAGUCUCUUCUUCCUUCUUUUGAGUCUGCCGACAUGCGUGCCUUAGGGGAGAGUUUAAGUAGGGAUAUCAUUCGUGGGAGUCCAGAUGUGAAGUGGGACAGCAUCAAGGGUUUAGAGAAUGCCAAACGUCUGCUUAAAGAAGCAGUUGUCAUGCCAAUAAAGUAUCCCAAGUACUUUACUGGUCUUCUAUCACCAUGGAAAGGUAUUCUCCUUUUUGGUCCUCCAGGAACAGGAAAGACUAUGCUUGCAAAGGCUGUUGCAACUGAGUGCAAAACCACAUUUUUCAAUAUUUCUGCAUCCUCUGUUGUCAGCAAAUGGCGAGGUGAUUCAGAGAAGUUAGUGAAAGUGUUAUUUGAGCUUGCUAGGCACCAUGCCCCUUCAACUAUAUUUCUUGAUGAAAUUGAUGCGCUUAUUAGUCAACGUGGUGAAGGACGCAGUGAGCAUGAAGCAAGUAGGCGGUUGAAAACAGAACUACUCGUACAGAUGGAUGGUUUGACAAAGACAGAUGAGCUUGUUUUUGUUUUAGCAGCAACAAAUCUGCCAUGGGAAUUGGAUGCAGCGAUGCUCCGUCGCCUUGAAAAGAGAAUCCUUGUACCCCUUCCGGAACCAGAAGCAAGAAGAGCCAUGUUUGAGGAGCUCCUGCCAUCAGUACCAGGUGAGGAGAAGCUUCCAUAUGAUUUGAUGGUGGAGAAGACUGAAGGUUAUUCAGGUUCAGAUAUUCGGUUGUUGUGCAAAGAGGCGGCCAUGCAGCCUCUGAGACGGUUAAUGGCACAUCUUGAAGAUAAAGCAGAAGUGGUUCCAGAAGAAGAGCUGCCGAAGGUGGGACCAAUCAAACAUGAUGACAUAGAGACGGCUUUGAAGAACACAAGACCAUCUGCUCAUCUCCAUGUCCACCGUUAUGAUAAGUUCAACACUGAUUAUGGCAGUCAAAUACUCCAAUGAGACGCAUAAACUCUUUUUUAACUGUUAUACUUUCUUCCGGGGCCAACUGAUUCACCAUAUUAUUUUUCCCACAAUAUGUGGUGAUGGACAGUAGCGGUUAUGGUUUUUAUGUUUGUGAUCUCAUUGUUUUUUAGACUCUGAAUUAGCCUAUCCUCAUUGAUUUCGAAUGAUCUCGAUCAGGAUUGUGAACAGGUGUUGCUCCAGAUGCCAGGUUGCUUUAUUAUUAUAAAAAAAAAUUGAAAUUCAUGUUUAA